UUCGCUGUACUCCGCGUACUCUACCUCUCUCCAUUAAUCCCCUCUCAAGCAAAGCUUCUGCGGUUUCCUUCUCACACCAAUCGUGCUUUCGCAUUCCUCGUCUGGUUUCAUUUCUAAACACACUUUAUCUGGCCUAGUCGGGAUACAAUCGCUUAGUUAUAGUUUUGGGAUUUCGGAAAUUUUAACCUGAUGUUUAGGAAACGGAACCUAGUUACGGAAUUGUUGCGUCGUGUUGAUCUCGGUGACAUUGAAACCCUAAUUUCGCGGUGCCUGUGGAGUCGCGCAGUUUCCACAAACUCAAAAUCGGCUCUGCUUGCAAUAGACAACGCAGACAUAUGUAGUAAGCAAACUGGAAUAGUUUCACUAGCUGGGGAGUUAGCAUGUCUCGUGGAGGAAUCUGCUCAUGUUGUUGAUGAUAGCAAACCCAGAAGUCGUAUGGAACUAAAGAGAUCUCUUGAACUCCGUUUAAAGAAAAGAGUCAAGGAGCAGUACACCAACGGGAAGUUUAGUGACUUACUGAAGAAGGUUAUUGCGAGGCCUGAUACUCUUCGGGACGCUUAUGACUGUAUUAGGCUUAACUCCAAUGUUCCCAUUACAGAAAGAAACGGCAGCGUUGCGUUUGAUUCUAUUGCAGAAGAGCUCUCUAGUGGGAUGUUUGAUGUCAAUUCCAAUACGUUCUCGCUUGUGGCUAGAGAUAAAACAAAAGAGAUCCUUGUCUUGCCUAGUGUAGCUCUGAAAGUUGUCCAAGAGGCUAUCAGAAUAGUCCUGGAAGUCGUUUUCAGUCCUCAUUUUUCUAAGUUUUCUCAUAGUUGUCGAAGCGGAAGGGGACGUGCAUCUGCGUUGAAGUAUAUCAGCAGCAAUAUGUCUCAUUCUGAUUGGUGUUUCACUUUGAGCCUGAACAAAAAACUGGAUGUUUCUGUUUUUGAUAACCUUCUCUCUGUAAUGGAGGAGAAAAUUGAAGACAGUAGUUUAAGCAUCUUACUCCGUUCAAUGUUUGAAGCUCGGGUGCUCAAUCUCGAGUUUGGAGGAUUUCCCAAGGGCCAUGGUCUUCCACAAGAAGGGUUGUUGUCCCGUGUAUUGAUGAACAUAUAUCUUGAUCGGUUUGAUCAUGAAUUAUAUAGAAUCUCAAUGAGGCAUGAAGCCCUUCAUCGUGAUUCACAGACUGAUGAAGAUAGCCCAGGCUCAAAACUUCGUUCCUGGUUCAGGAGGCAGGCUGGAGAACAAGUUUUGAAAAGUACUCCGGAGCAUCUCCGAGUUUAUUGUUGCAGAUUUAUGGAUGAGAUAUUUUUCUCUGUGUCUGGUCCCAAGAAAGCCGCUGUUGAUAUCAGAUCUGAAGCUAUAGGUUUCUUACGGAACUCACUGCAUUUGGACAUCACUGAUGAAAUAGACUCGUCACCAUGUGAAACGACCAGUGGGCUUCGUGUUUUGGGUAUCUUGGUUAGGAAAAAGGUUAGGGAGAAUCCCGCUGUCAAAGCUGUUCACAAGUUAAAGGAGAAGGUUAGGCUCUUUGCAUUGCAAAAAGAAGAGGCCUGGACCUUGGGUACAGUUAGAAUUGGAAAGAAAUGGUUAGGACAUGGAUUGAAGAAAGUCAAGGAGUCAGAAAUCAAAGGCUUGGCGGAUAGUAACUCUACCUUGAGCCAAAUAUCUUGCCACAGAAAGCCAGGCAUGGAAACAGAUCAUUGGUAUAAGAUCUUGCUUAGAAUAUGGAUGGAGGAUGUGCUAAGAACCUCUGCAGAUAGAAGCGAGGAGUUUAUCUUGUCCAAGCAUAUCGUUGAACCUACGAUUCCUCAAGAACUAAGAGACGCGUUUUACAAGUUCCAAAAUUCUGCUGCGGCAUAUGUUUCUUCAGAGACAGCUAAAGUAGAAGCGCUCUUGCCAUGUCCACUCUCUCAUGAUAGACCAGUUUUUUUUGGCGAUGUUGUUGCUCCUACCAAUGCGAUAAGAAGGCGUCUUUUUCGCUAUGGAUUAGUAACAGCUGAGGGUUAUGCUCGAACGAAUUCUGUGCUUAUUUUGCAAGAUACUCCCCAAAUAAUUGAUUGGUUCUCAGGACUUGUCCGGCGAUGGGUGUUAUGGUAUGGAGGUUGUAGUAAUUUCGAUGAGAUAAAGGCUCUUAUUGACAAUCAGAUCAGAAAGUCAUGCAUCCGUACCUUGGCAUCAAAAUAUCGAAUACAUGAAAAUGAAAUAGAGAAACGCCUUGAUUUAGAACUGAGCACGAUUCCCUCUGCUGAAGAUAUAGAACAGGAAAUACAACACGAGAAACUUGAUUCUCCAGCUUCUGACAGGGAUGAGCACCUAACGUACGGUAUUUCCAAUAGUGGUUUAUGUUUAUUGUCUUUAGCUCGAAUAGUGAGCGAAUCAAGGCCUUGCAAUUGCUUCGUAACUGGUUGCUCGAUGGCUGCACCUGCUGUUUAUACUCUACAUGCAAUGGAAAGACAGAAGUUUCCUGGUUGGAAAACUGGAUUUUCUGUUUGCAUUCCUUCUAGCUUAAACGGAAGGAGAAUAGGGCUGUGUAAGCAACACCUCAAAGAUCUCUAUAUAGGUCAAAUAUCACUUCAAGCCAUUGAUUUUGGAGCCUGGAGAUGAUGAGUUUCUCUCCACUACAAGAGUCCUUCAAGUUGCUGAUAUGUUUCUAGGUCAAACAAUGAUUCGUUAUUUUAGAGCUUCAUGUAUCUGAUGUUUAGAAAAUCUAAGGUUCGGUGAUUAUUGUUCUUCGGCUGUUUUUAUUCCGAGCGGCCGUCUUCAGUAGCAGAGUAAACUUACCCUCAGAAUCUAAAACCGUGGCAUUACCUGUGUCUGUGGGAAAAUUCUAGGUGAAAUUGUUUCGGCGGCAUUCACAAUCAUAACUUUCUUCACUUUUGACUGUGUCCUUCAACGCUUAAGCUUCUUGAAUCUUUCUGGUAUUUUCUCACAGCUAAUUUCGCUGUGCAUCAGGUAGUGAACGUGACAAAUGGAAUUAGCGGAUCGAGCAGUCGGGCUUUUAUUGUCGUCAAUCAGCUUAUCCAUAUUCACCUACUAUACUUUCUGGGUCAUCAUCCUGCCAUUUGUAGAUAGUGAUCACUUCAUCCACAAGUACUUCUUGCCACAAGACUAUGCCAUUCUCGUUCCAGUCUUUGCCGGUGUAACUCUCCUCUCUCUUCUUUCCGUAUUCAUCGGCAUGGUCAUGCUCAAAUCCAAAAAGAAGAAGGCUUGAUUUCGACCUUACCUCCAUAUAAAAUUUUCGUUCUUGGUUCCUAAAGCUGUUGUGCCUACUUUGUUUUGGACCACCUUGUCUUUGAGACGUUUAGGCCUUAACUUUAAAUGGUGUAGUUAAACCGUACGAGACCCCAUUUGUUGAAUACGCAAGGACAUAUUAUCUAUAAAGUUUUUUUUUGGGAUA